AUGAGGGCAGGAGCACAACUGUCUGACAGCGACAGCGAUGAGACAAUAGUGGAGGGCUCAGUAACUGAGAGUGACCUCGAUGAGGAGGAGCUGCACGUGAAGAGGUUAUCUUCUAUUAAUAAAGAUGUAACCCAAAUAACUGAGGUCAUCUUUGCUGCUGAAACAGAAGAGAUAAACAGAGGUCUGGAACCUCUCUCUCCAGAGAUCCAAUGUGUUUCUAAAUUCAGUGAUUAUUUACAAAAGGUGUCUCAAGAGAUAGGCAACUCUGAACAAUCUCAGUCUCUUUUACAGGGUGAGAGAGAUUGCCCAGUGUUUACUACAACUGUUUCUCAGACUGGUCUUCAACUAAGUACUUCAGAAGAGAGAUGGCAAAAUGACUCUGGAGCUGUAGGCACUGAAGAGCCUGGAUUUUUGACAGAGCCUGAGAGAGAGAGAUUUAAUGAUGAAGACGACUCUCCAGAAGAAAGCCUGCUCUCAGGUGCCAUUGCAAAGGAGACAUUCAUGGUUCCAAAGGAAUUGACACUGCAAAACAUAUUUCCAAGUGUUUUAAAAGAUUGUCAGAGUGCCAGCAUGACGAUUAUUGAGCUUGAUGCCAAGGUUAAAGAUCAUUCUGUUAAUACAGAUACAGCUGUCUCAUCAGCACCCCCAGAGAAGAUUUCCAAGGAAGCGUUUACUGCGCAAAGAAUAAUGGCUGAUGAAUUUGAAAUUCAAGAUUUGCUGAAACCACUCAGUGAAUCUGAGAGUCCAAAAAUGAUAAACUUUUUGCACGAUAUGCUAGAAUGUCAGGAUGAUGUUCUAUCUGUAGAUACUUUGGGUGAUGAGAAGAACAAUGCCCUCCCAGAAGAGCUUCUGACAGCACUGAAUUCUUUGUCAGAAUCUUUAGUACAACCUGUCUAUCAAUUAGCAGAGACGGAAAGAGAGCUUCGUGUUAUGGAAGAACACUUGAGAUCAGAACUCAGUAUUUCCCAGAGAGAUGAUGAAUGCACGCAAAUAGCGGAUACCUUUGAGUCUUGGUUUUAUAUAGAGCAGCUGAAAGAAAGAAAAGCGUUAACAGAGUCAAAGUUAUGGAAUAUAAAAGAUGAGCAGCUUGCAGGUGACCAGAAGAAAAAUGACAUAGUGAUUGCUGAUUAUUGGAAUGUCACCUCCUCUGACAGGGAAGCUAAUGAAGGGAAUUCAAGUUCAAAUAAGACUAUUCUAGGUGUAGAAACUACCAAAACAACUCCAUAUCCAUUAAGGAGAUCAGCACGAUUAAAAGAAAACUUCACUAAAAAAAUACAAGAAUCUGCUUCUAAGGACAGUGAAGACCAGUGUUCAGAGCUGGGAGAUGGUAUGUGUAAAGGAUCAACUUUUAUAAAUAACCAGGACAAACAGAUAAGGAGGAGCCAAAGAAUUGCAAAGAGAAUUGGUUGGACUCCACUACAUGAAGCCAGAGCAACAGGUUUGUAUAAGAUAUCAAAUGAGCUUUUGAAAGCUGGUGCUAAUGUUAACUGUAAAAGAAGAGAACAAAUAACAACAAUACAAGAUGCAGUUAGAGAAGGCCAUUAUGAGGUGGCAGAGUUAUUAAUUUGGUAUGGAGCUAAUCCAUUUAAAAAUGAAAUGGGAAAGUGUGCAUUAGAGGAAACUGAUGAUGAGAGUAUGAGGAAACUGCUUGAAAGUUACAUAACUAAAUCUAAAAGAAAUUCAUCGUUAGAUACAUCUAAAGGAAAACCUAGUACAAACCACAAAACCCAUGAUUCUAACUUUGAGUGUAACACUAGGUUCACAGUUGCUAAUUCUUCUUCCAAAAGAAUAACUGCAUCCUCUUUGCAUCAGAAUAGCAGUCCAGAGAAUGUUUGUGAAGUUUCAGAAAAAUCCAGCAUGCACCAACAGGCAGAAGUGCAACAACGUCCUGACAUUAGCGGUAGUAUCAGUGCUCACCCCCUUUCAGAAGAAAAGGAAAAGGCUUAUAAAAAAAGCACAUCUUCAGUAACAAUAAAGGAACAGAGAAUGAGUUUACAGUACAUUGCAUUGUCAGUCGCUGUAGAAGAAGUAUCUGCAGAGCAUUCUGAGACUGACUUAACAGAACCUGAUUCUCACUUGGUAUUUUCUAUGUGCAAAGAAGAUGGUGUGCCUCUUGUGAAAGCAAAGGAAUGUUUCAUGAAUCAUGAUAAUGAAGACCAUUGUCUUAAGCAUACUAAAGAGGACAGCAUGAUUGAAAAGAGUCUGGAUACAGCCAAAAGAAUACCCUCAGAACAAAUUAUUUAUUCUAACAACUGUAGCCAACAAAUUGAAUUUGAUACUGAUAGAGAAAGAAAUAAUGAGGAGGAACAAAGUUUAUAUUCCUCCUUGCCUCUGUCUGAACAUAUUUCUUCAGAGAGGAACUGGUUACAAUCAGGAAACCUAACGCCUUUUUCUGCACAGAAAGCUGUAAAGCUUGCUGAAUCAGACUGUGCUUUCCUUUCUGAGCAGUACAGUGUGAAUGAGAAACAAAAGAUCUAUAAACAUCUUUCCCAAGAUAUAAAUAACUGUAUUGGGCAAACACUUCAAAGAAAUACAGAAACACUUUCAGCACAUGAAAGUUUAGAGCCCACUAAUGGAGGUAGUGUUUUUGAAAUGCCUGACAAUUAUAGCAACAGUAUGCCAAGUCAUUUUGCUCAUCAAAUAGAUGAGCAGAUGGUGAUGGUGUUAGGCUCAAAAAUUAAUGCAGAAAGAUGUUACAUACAGAAAACGGGAGUUGUAAAUAAUUCAGAGAGUAACCCAUCUACAGCUUUACAGCUAAAUGAGAAAGUAGUAAUGCAACUGAAAAGAAAAAGACAAGAUCUUCAGGAGAUCAAUCAAGAUACAGACUUGUGUUCCACUAGCAGUAUGGACAAGAAUUCACUUCAUCCUUGUGAGCUAACUCAACAAACACAGCAGGAAAUUUCCCAGAAAUCAGCAGCACCUUGGCUAAACAAAAGAAAUGAGAAAGGGGAAAGUUGCCUACAUCUGGCUGCUGUGAAAGGAGAUUUCUCCUUAGUGAAAGCUCUUAUGGCAUCUGGAAUAUGUUGGACAGCAAUUCAUGAAGCUUCCAAGAGAGGAUUUACUGAGGUGAUUUUAGAGUUACUAAAAGCUGGUGCUGAUGUUAAUAGCAAAGGCCCAGAUGGAAUUUUGCCAAUACAUGAUGCUGUUUCUGGCAACUAUUACAAGGCAGUCAGCAUUCUACUACAACAUGGAGCGAACCCUAAUGAGAAAGACAAUGAUGGGAACACUGCAUUGGAUAAAGCCUGUAGUGAUAAAAUGAAGGAACUGCUUAAAUCUUAUGGUGCUGCUGACACUGGCGUUGCUGAGAAAGUAACUGAGGUUACUGAUAUACCUCCUUCUAGAUCAAGAAGAUCACCACAGAGUUGUUAUGAUUGCUGUAACAUGCCUGAUGAACCUUUGAUUUUGCACCGUGAUAAGGCUAGAGAGAAACAUGAUAUGCAUAAGUCCAUUAUUACUGUAUUACAAGAUAUAGAAGAGAAGCAGAAAAAACUGCUACUUUUUGAAUUAAGAACCCCCAAAGAUGCAGAAAUGUAUAUUCAGAGGCUGUCUCAGAUACAAGAUACGUUGAAUGGAAUGCUUGCAAAACAGAAAGCAGAAAGAGACAUGCUUGCUAAAAAAUACAGGGCUUCAGUGGAGUCUUUUAAACAAGGAGCACUGAGGGAACAACUUGUUCAACUUGCUUCUAGGCAAAAGAGUCUUUUGAUGGUUGCAAAAAAACAGAAGGAACUAGGCCAGAAAAUACAAAACUAUAGGAAUGCAAAGAAAGCGUAUUCAGGAUGUUCAAAGAAACAAAUACCAAACUCAGUUCCUUCAACUGAAAAUGACGACAGAGAAUAUGUCACUCCUGAUAAAAGAGUACAUCCUGAUGUAGUUACAGUUAGUAUGGGGCCUGAUGCCAGGUUGCUUAAUGGAAAUAGGUUGGAAGCACAUCUCUCUUUAGAAAGUAGAUUUUCAGCUCAGGAACACAGCCAAUAUCAGAACAGCUCCUUGGACGAGGCAGGUGCAAAUGAAAGGGCAAUUAGAAGCAUGGUGGUUUCUGCUCAGGCUUUGGCAUCUGAAAACACGGUGAGAGAAUGGACCUUUGAUAAGAUGUCAAAAUCAAAGUCUGCAGAUGCUAUGGAAAUGGUAACAUUGCUUUCAGAACCUGUUUGCCUUACUCAAAGAGAGUGCUCAGAGCAAAAAAAAAUUGAUUACACAGGAGUUGCAGUCCAAGGAAGCAAGUCUCCAAAUCCCAUUGCAGUAACCAGCAGAUUAAAUAUUUCAGAAGCCCAAAACAUUGUUGUCAAUAAUAAUAUCCAUCAGCCAACCACUGAUUGUCAACAGGUUCUGCCUGGUAAGAAGCUGCAAAACUACGCAAAUAGAAAUGAAGUUUCACAACAGCAACCAAGAGUGGUGUCAGAAUCCACAGAGAGUUCAUCUGUUGGUCUUCAGCAAAAUAAUAGGACCUCACCUAAUGCUAACUUGGAACCCACAAGUUUUGCACCAAAUAUAUUUUAUUCAGUAAACAUAAAUCAGAAUCCUUCUUCCCAGUUUUCUCAUCAUCAGGAGAAAGGGCAACAACUGAGCAACAGAAAAUGUAGAAGGAAGAAAUGUCAAUUGGUAGAUUUGCUUGAACUGGGAAAGAUCAAGCCAGGAGAAGAUGUUUUAGAGUUCAAAUUACAGGACUUCAGUCAUAAGGCCACUCUUUUGAGAGAUGGCAGAAUCCAGACCAGUGAAAACAGAAUUCAUGGAAAUCCUGUUCAGUGGGUCAAAGCACUACUAGGAAAUGAUAUUUCUGUGAGCUGGAAAUAUGCAUGGAAUAAGGUUGCAUACCUUGGGACAGAGCUGUCAAAAAUUCUGGUUGAAGAAGCAUCUGUUCCUAACAAACCAGAAGUAACAUCACAACUAAAAGAGCCUUCUGAAUCUUCUAUUCAAUUUGAUUUGGUAAAAAAUUCCACAAAUUUUCUUCACUUCAGUGAGAUACUGUUAAUAAAUAAUGAAGAAUUUUUGCCAUGUCAUUUAAUGGAACAGUAUUGGAAGUUCUAUAUACAGUGUGAGGAUUUUGGAUUUUAA